CUUUCUUCCUCUUCAGCCCAUAAAUACACGGCCUCCUCUGUUCUGUGUGUCAGCAGAUGGAUUUGAGGAGCACAGCCUGGAAGGAGCAGACUCACAGCACCUCCCUGGGAUGAAAAAGGCCAAACGGAGGCUGACGGUGGAUCCGGUUGAUUUCCUGCUGGGCUGGGAUCCCUCCACCACCUCCAGAACUCCACAGGACCAGGCCUCAGUCUCUCAUGACAUCACAGACUCUGACGGCGGUCUGAGGGAGCCGAUGCUCUGCGACGCUGACGUGGCGGCCAUCUUUCAGCACGGCGAUCUGGACCCGGAGAUGAGUCCGCAGAACGAUGACACCGGGUCGGCGGAGUACCGGACCGGCCCGUCCCGCUCCGUGUCGCGCCUCAGCUACUCGUCCUGCGGCAGCGGCAGCUUGGCGGGUCUGAGGGGCUGCAGCAGCUACCUACCCAGCCUGGAGCACUCAGAGGCCGAGGACGAGCCGCUCCACCAGAACCGCUUCUACCAGCGCCAUCCGGGCUCCCAGGAGAGCCUGAACGCAGCCAGCGCCGCGCCGCAGAUCAGCGAUCUGGACAGACGGAUGUCAGCUGUGGAGAACCUCCUAAACCGCCUGGAGCAGAAGGUGACAUCAUCAAACAGCAAGGUAACCCUCGGGGGGGCAAAGAUGGAGGCUGCUUCUUCUCUGCUGGGAGGUUCAAUGGAUGCAGGCCGGAUCAGUGGAACCUAAACUAACAUUCAAAGGAUAAUUUCUCUAUUCUGAGAAAAGGAUUGAUAGGCUGCCCCCUGGUGGUGGAAGAGGGGAUUGUUAUCUUCAGGUUCCUCCAUGGAGAUGAUUCCUGUUUCUGAUUAUGACUCAGACACCAGACAGCCUCAAACGAUCACAGAGCCGCUAAUUAGAAAAACCUUCAAACAUCUGAGCUGCUUUGAUUCUCUGCCAUGAUGGAGCUCCUCCUACAGCUGCUCC